AUUGAUUUGAAGAAGACAUGUGAUAUAUCCAUCUCCCAUCUCAUGCUACUCCUCAUAGGGUCAUAGCAUGAGGUAUGCCCGACAUCUCCGUUCCUAUAGGGUCAAGCCUUUGCUCGUGUUCAUGCGGGGAAACCGAUGUGAGCAGUAGACAGACUGUCGAAAUGGGUUUCGUGGCGCUGGGCCAAGGGCGUAAUACGAGGGUGUUGCAGCGACCUGACCUCGAGCGAAAAACUGCUAUUUCAGGACUGCUAUUUCACCCUGGACUGUCCACAGUAGAGUCUAGUGGCUCCCUCUUGUUAUUGCAAAUGCUGACGUAUACUCGGUUAUCAGGAGAUUCCCAUCAGCUUUUUGGUCUCAGCUAAAUCCACUAUAGGCUUGAUUCUGAUUCACUGAAAGUGGAGGAUGAACAUCCAGGUCUUGAUACUUGCUUUAUCUUUCUAUACCAUAACUCCUGCUCAUGGCAGCCUGCACCUCGCAGCGGUACCCGUCACCCAGCUUUUGAACCAGGGCCUUCACGAUAUUUUUGCCCGCCAGACGACGGAAUAUUCGUGCCCUGAAGCGACACAGACGCUCUGCGCGGAUGGCCAUGGAUGUUGUCCAAGCGGAAUUGCAUGUACCACGUCGUCCGGUAUUCCUGUCUGUGAUGAGAUAUGUGACGGUACAGUGAUAUGUGCCGAUGGCGGGUGUUGUCAAUUAGGAUAUACCUGUGAUCUAUACACAUCGACUCUCUGUAUCCAGGAAACAGGUGAUGGUGUUUCUUUGACAUAUGUUUACACGGCUGAACCGACAACCGCAUUCAAAUCGUCGUCGGCUGCGAGUUCGGUACCAUUCCCGUCGAAUACGGUCACCUUGGAAUCUGUUUCGUAUUACUUGAGCGACAAUCCAGAAACUUACGCAAGUACGGAAGUCUCUUCUACUAAAGUGCCCUCCACGGAAAUAUCCUCUCAAGAAGUCAGCCAGACUGAAUCAGUGGUUCCCGCAAGCUCAUCUACCAAUACCCAAAGUGCAGGGUCCCAUCUUCCAGCUCUCUCAGGGUUUUUCAUCUGCUGGAUACCGUUGAUCAUGGUUAUUCUAGCUGUUUGAGAGUAUAUCUUAAUGAAUAUAGUUGAACUUGGCAA